GGAGCCAACCCACUCUUCUUCCUCCCUCCUGGGCUCCAAACCAACCAGGAGAGGAGGUUUAUUCCGCCUCGUUUUUGUUUUUUCCAACGGACCCUCUGCAAAAUCCAGGGCCGAAGGCAGGAACUCGAGGACAGGGGAGCAGGAUUGACCCUCAGACGUCCAGGAUCUCUCUUCUUUGGGGUCGGGUGGAAGGGGGGGGUCUCCACAGCCCUCCCCACCACCAGCAUGCAGAGAGCGGUGGCUUUUCCUGCGCUGUGUCUGCUCCUGAAUCUCCACGCUGCAGGGUCCUUUUCAGGAGACAAUGACCGCUUCUUGCCCAUCCAUCAGAGGAAGAGUGGGAAACCUAUAUUUAUCCAUCGCCACGUGCAAGGUAUUGAGAAAAGCUUGGACACUAACCACCAGAAGACUUAUAAACACAAUGUCCGCUCCCUCUUUCAUUCAAAAGUAAGCAAUCUCCAGCCGGGGAUAAUAGAGAAAUCCACAUUCCCUAGAUCCGCGUACGAUCCGUCUCUCAACUUGUUAGCUAUGACCGGUCAAGAUCUAGAAGUGGAGAAUCUUCCCGUCCCAGCAGUUAAUUUGAUUGUUGUGACGCUGCAAAUGGACGUCAACAAGCUGAAUAGAACCUUACUGCAGCUAUUUCGCCGGGGGGUGGCUUCUUCCCUAGGCAUCCAACCUCAGCAGGUUCACAUCAACCGCCUCAUCGGGAAGAAGAAUAGUGUCGAGCUCUUUGUGUCUCCAGCAAACAGAAAAGCGGGAACUUUUGAAGCCCUGCCAUCCGAAGAGGUGUUGCAAUCUCUUGACAUUAAUGUUUUGCAUCAGAGUCUAUCUCAGUUUGGAAUUACAGACAUCUCCCCUGAGACAAAUGUCUUACAAGGGCAGCAUGAAGCGGAUAAAAUCUGGAGCAAAGAAGGAUUUUAUGCCGUUGUCAUAUUCUUCAGCAUCUUUGUUAUUAUAGUUACAUGCUUGAUGGUCCUUUACAGGUUGAAGGAAAAAUUUCGCUUUUCGCUGAGACGGGCGAAGGAGAAAAACCAAGAGAUCCACCUUUCCCCCAUCCCGUUACAGGCAACUCAGACCGAGACAAAGACAGUGAACGCUAUGGUCCAGCCGCGGCUCGCCCCUAAAGCGGUGAACACCACAGUGGACCCUCCAAACCGAGGCACCGCUGACAUCAAAGCUUCUAUAUCUGCCGGGCCUUCUCCUUUCAAAAUGAAACCGGUGGGACUUCAAGAGAGGCGUGGGUCCAACGUAUCUCUCACUCUGGACAUGAGCGGUUUGGGGAGUGUCGAUCCUUUCGCGGCUGUGCCUAUCCCACGGGAGAAGGUUUCCUUGGAAUACCUGCAGACGGCGAGUCGUGUUCUCACCAAAUCCCAGCUGCAGGACACAGUGGCCACUUCUCACGUACUCCAGACCGAAUUCAUGGAAAUACCAAUGAACUUUGUGGAUCCCAAAGAAAUUGACAUCCCACGUCAUGGAACUAAAAAUCGCUACAAAACCAUAUUGCCAAAUCCGCUCAGCAGAGUGUGUCUGAAGCCAAAAAACGCCACUGACGCGUUGAGCACCUACAUUAAUGCUAAUUACAUCCGGGGUUACGGUGGUAAGGAGAGAGCUUUCAUUGCUACCCAGGGACCGAUGAUCACCACCGUGAACGACUUCUGGCAGAUGAUCUGGCAGGAAGACAGCCCCGUCAUCGUCAUGAUCACCAAGCUGAAAGAAAAAAAUGAGAAAUGUGUACUCUACUGGCCUGAGAAGAGAGGAAUCUAUGGAAAAGUUGAAGUUUUGGUUAUCGGUGUGAAAGAAUGUGAUAACUACACAGUCCGUGACCUUACCCUAAAGCAAGGGAGCCAAUCCCAAAAUGUGAAGCAUUAUUGGUACACGUCCUGGCCGGACCACAAGACCCCGGACAGCGCUCAGCCUCUUCUGCAGCUCAUGCUGGACGUGGAGAUGGACAGAAUGGCCUCCGCUGGAAGGGGGCCGAUUGUUGUACACUGCAGCGCUGGAAUAGGAAGAACUGGGUGUUUCAUUGCUACGUGCAUCGGUUGUCAACAAUUGAAGGAAGAAGGAGUAGUAGACAUAUUAAGCAUUGUUUGUCAGCUACGGGUAGACAGAGGCGGAAUGGUUCAGACGAGUGAACAGUACGAGUUUGUUCACCACGCGCUGAGUCUGUAUGAGAGCAGACACUCUGCGGAAGCCAUCCAGUGAAAUGCCGAAGGGGAAAAAAAAAAGUCCUUCUCUUGAGGUAAUGUGUUUUAUUACCUAUGAGCAGCUUCUUCAAGGAACAUCCGGGUAAGGAAAGGCAAGCUCUGAAGACCACCUGAGUUAGUGAGGAGAAAAGAAGCUUGGGGAAACUAGGGGAAGACUGCCAGAUUGUUUUGUAUUUGAAUGUAUCGUAAGUUCCCAAAAAUAAUUUUAAAGAAGGGUCUGCGUUGAUGGUGCAAUGAUUUCUCGUCCAUCUUAAAGGUGGAUGUUUCUCUUUUAAUAACUUUCUGCCACCCCGAGUGCACGUCUGUAAUAUAGCCGCACCGGGGCAGAGGGUGAGCUGUCCGCUGGAGAAGUGAUUCCUGAGUGUUUAGAUGCUUUAACAUUUGCGAAAUCUGUCUUGUGAAUGGAUUGUCAGCUGUUAACCUGUACCUGUUUUGAAGUGCUAUCACCUGUGAUGUGGUGAGCUCUGUUUCAGACCACCAGAAUCUCGCUGCUAAAGUCUCAAGUGAUUGACGACGGAAUUUAAUAAGGAAAGCCGUUUGUUUUUUGACUAAAAGCAAAAGCAGUAAAAACCUUUAUAUGGAACUAUGUUCAUAUCUAUUAACGUGCAUUUACGGUAGCUCCUAUAAAGCAGUGACAAAAAGCACAAUGUCUGUUAUUUGGCAUAUAUGUAUUUUACUCUAUACUAUCACCUUAUACGUUGCUUCCGCCCCAGAGCUAAAUCCCGUAUAACUGUAAAUGGUGUGAGUCAUUUUACUUUCAAAAACUUUGGAGCCUAUAAUGCUACCAAGCAUUUUAUCCACUCGUCUGUCUUUUGCUGAGGGAAUUUUUAAACGCGUGUGUUGUCGACUGACGUCUCUCUCCCCCGAAAGAGCUGAAUGCACUGGGAUAAGAAGUAGACCAACUCCCAUUCAAAGGUUCUUCGAGACGAUGCUGCUAUGAGUUUCUGUAUUGAUUACAUUUCUGUAAAGAGUUCACGUCUUUGAAGUUGGUGUAACAAUAUUUGGUAAACACUAUCUGCUCACAGAGUAUGUUGAGUUUUUAAUGCAGUGUUGUUGACUUUGCUUCAUACUGCCAAUAAACUACAGUUGAUACUAAA